CGCUCCGCUCCGCUCGCCCACCUCUCGCCGACCGAUUCUUCUUUCUCUCUCCCAGCGGCGGUCGCAUCCUGUCGGCCAGGCAGCUCCAGUCGCCACCGUUAGCGAGCGAAUAAGGGAGCAGCAGCAGCGGCGGCAAGUCGAGAGAUUACAUUGAAAUAUUUUUGACGGAAUAGUUCUUUUAGCGGGGAAAUGAAAUGUCAUUUUUGUCGGUGUCGACGCGGCGGCGCCUGGGAGACGCGUUCCCCCGAGUGAAGUCCGCCUCUUUCACCCCGACCUCCUCGGUAGCUUGACACGGUGUCCGCGGGUCGGUUCGUCUCCCCGACGAGCGAGGGGGGCUCAGCUGUCCGCCGCCGGAGCCCCGCGUGCCGGUGGGGGUCUGUGGACAAAGCCAGUCAGAUGUUGGACGGUGGGAGACGCACAUCCGCGCAGCUCCGACGACCCCACACCGGGCUGCGAGCCUGAUUCGUCGUGCGGGGACACCCGGGAGGAGCGGGGUCUGUACAUUUGUUUCUCCGUUUUCUAUUUCGGAAGAGGGGCGAGAGUUCGGACCUCGCAGCCGAGGGAAGGAGCAUAGGAAGCGGCGGAGGAGGAGGAGGCGGAGAAGGAGAAGGGACGCAGAGGAGGAGAGGAGGGUGGGGAGAGAGAACACCCUGAUGCCAGUGAUGGCAAACGAGCCGAUCAUCCUGAACGUCUAUGAUAUGUACUGGAUCAAUGAGUUCACCAGCACUCUGGGCAUCGGAGUGUUUCACUCAGGGAUCGAGAUCUAUGGAAGAGAGUUUGCCUAUGGCGGACACCCGUAUCCGUUCUCUGGGAUCUUCGAGAUCACACCCGGUGAUGCAACGGAACUCGGCGACACCUUCAAGUUCAAGGAGGCCAUCGUCCUUGGCAGCACCGACUUCACAGAGGAGGACGUGGAGCGGAUCGUGGAGGAGAAGGGGAAGGAGUACAAGGGCAACGCCUACCACCUCAUGCACAAGAACUGCAACCACUUCUCCUCGGCACUGUCGGAGAUCCUGUGUGGCAGGGAGAUCCCCCGCUGGGUCAACCGUCUGGCCUACUUCAGCUCCUGCGUGCCGUUCCUCCAGAGCUGCCUGCCCAAAGAGUGGCUGACCCCGGCCGCCCUGCAGUCCAGCGUCAGCCAGGAGCUGCACGGAGCGGGCGAGCUGGAGGAGGCCGAGGACGCCGCCGCCACGGCCUCCCUGGCCUCCCUGGCCUCCGUGUCGCCCUGCGCGCCCUCGUCCUCCUCCAGCCCCUCGUCCUUCCCCCGACACUCCCGCCACCAGCCCCGCCGGUAGAGCGCUGCGAGGUCUGCUGGGGAACUGUUGCGGUCGGGGGAAGCGGGAUAGCUGCAGCAGCCGAAGAGUCCUAGCGACGGUCUUGUCGCACUGGGGCCCCUGAACUGCUCCCUGCUCUGGGUAAGAACGUCAGCCCCGAAUCCCUGCAAUGAUCCAGAGCACUGGAAUGGUUUCUCCUCGCAGGGAGGGAGGGAGGGAGGGGGAGGCGGCUCCUGCUGCUGACAAAGGCGGAGUCGUCUCUCCAUUGACACGGCUGACAGAUUACAACAUUCCCUCCAUAAUCCAAACCUUUCCCCUACUUGAGUCUCUUUCAUUUCACAAAUCGCCGCACAGAACGGAAGCAGGGACGUUUGUUCUCCCACCAAAGUGUUUUCAUCGUUUACCAGCCGCAUCCGGAUUGUACCAGCAGCUGAUCGGUGGUUGGUGCUAAAGCCAGAAAGGAGUGACCUUAAACAACGUGGACGACUCGUGACUGAUGUUUGUUUGUUACUCAACGCUGUGUGUUCUUGAUGCUGUAUUUCUUUGUUGUUCUUUUUAAUAUCCUCCAAAAUGUACACGAUGAGCUGACAGUAAAUUGUAACCGCACCACUGGAGAAUCUGAAGAAAACAUUCGCGAGUGAGACUUCUUUCUGACCGUCGUCACGUUUUGAAGCCGAGCCGAGCGCUGGUGGAAUGUGACUGCGGCUGGUAAAUGUUUUGCCGCUGCAGCCGACUGAAGUUAAAAUGUCCCGAAAUACUUUGGCUACGUAAAAGCGACGGCUGGAUUUUUUGGGGGGGGGACUGGAAACACUUCCCGCUGUUUGUUUUUGUGCUUUUUUUCAAUCACAAAAAGCUGGAUAGACUUAAAAAAAACAAAAAAAACUGAAAUACAAUCAGCCUCAUUUUUUUCCAGACACAGACAAACUGAUCUAAGACCGAGCGUCUGGACGGGAGGUUCAGGUACCAGGUAAUCAAUGAUUCCCCCGACUUCCUUUUGAAAAAAUCCUACCAUGACACAGAUUUAUAUAUGAAAUAUAUAUAUCAGCCUGUAAAGUAAUAACCAGUUAUUUCCCAACCACUUUAGUAUCCUGUCGAUUAUUUCUAAAUACUGACUGAGAGGUUAGUGAAGAUUUUUUUUUAUUACCAAGAAGUUUCUCGGGUUAAAAUCCCAGAAUAUAAUAAAGUGAAUUCUUUCUUUCUUAGUAGCAACUGCCAAGGUGCCUUUGAGCAAGGUACUCAACCUACACGCUACCCCGCCUGGUGGCCACCAGUAGGUGGCGCCGGUUGUGCUGGACUGCCCCCGGCUGUCGGCGCUAGUUAGUCGUCACGUCGAAUGAAGCGGCGGCAGAUAGCAAGUCGGAGGAGGGGCCUUGCGCUCCUGACAGGUCAGAGGUCAGAUUCCUAACAUCUGCGUCCAGUUCGGGACAUAUCAUACCGGUUGUUAAUUUUGAGCAUCACAAAACACCCUUUUUUUCAUCUUGAGAGAGAAUAAGUUUGAAUUUUUAUGUUGAUUGAAAUCAUCCUGUUACUUCAUCAUUUAAUCAACCUUUUUAAGAACAAGAACAAUUUCACGAGACGAUGCUGCUUUCUCAAAACCCAAAAACGAUGAGCACCUCAUUUAUAAACUCUACAGAAGCUGUUCUCUACACCACGUACUGUACUGCUGCACAACGCGUAUCGUCCCAAACCAGAGCCAUGGAUGUGUCCGGAGCAUAUUUCGCAGUUCACUUGUUUUGCUUGGAUAUCUGGGGAGUUUGAUUGUUUGUUUUUUAAAUCUUUUAUUGUAUUUCUAUGAUAUGUUCAUAUAUAUGUAUAUAUACAUAUAUAUGAACUCUGGCCUUUUUUUGUCUAUUCUGUUUAUGUUUGAUAAACUCAGGACUCCAAAAGGCUUUGUAAAAAUAAUAAAUCAUUUCAACUUUUUUUUUAUAUGACA